AUGCGGUAUAAAAGGCUGAACGCGGACUCCAGCAGCAGAUCGCAGCUUGCGCCCAAGACGAACUUCAGGGCUGAGGCAGAAGGCGUCUCUACAAAUCCUCGCCCAGUUAGUAACCAACGAUUACUUCCAGGCUCUUCGCUCCUCGAACUGCCACAACGGACUUCCGACAGACUAAGUGAUCCGCGUCACAAUGCUAAAGAGGUGUUGCGUUCCAGGAUGCGCGCGGCGGUGUUGCUACUGCUGCUUCUUGCGGCCGCUCUCGUCUCGGCCUCCGCUCGCCCUGAAGAAGGCUCAGUCGUCCUUCAGGCGGCCGACGCCCCGCUCAGCCCCCUCUCGGAGGGAGGCCAGGCGCUCACCACGGAGGAUCGCGCGCGCCGAGAUGCGGAGGCCGAGGAGCGAGUGAAGAGGUCGCCGCAGCGCCGUCCUAUCCUUCCGCUGCCGUUGCCCGGCCGGCCGAGACCCGGGCGGCCGGGGCGCCCCGGGCGUUAGUGGCUUAUCUUCGCCGCAGCAGCUCAUUGUCUCAUGAACACCACAAGAAGACAUUCAGUUGACACUAAAAAAAGAGAUAAAGUGAUGCGUACGGUAGCAAAUCUCUUGUUCUUUAAGAAUGAAGUUGUGUGCUCACAAAUAAAGCAUUUGCUCUUUUCAUAUCAAGACUCCAAAAUUAAAUUGUUUUGCUGAUACUUUUACUAUAUAUCUUUAAUUUAUACUUUUCGUGUAAAUAAAUGUGAU